AUCACACUUGUGACAUCGUUCUUUAGUAACGUUCUUGGCUUUGCAACCGUCAACGACGCAUCUCGUUCGAACAUCAACAGAUUGAAGUAAUUCACCCGAAAGAACAUCCAAAUCUUUUUCUGCGUGAAAAUGAAGUGUGCAUUGAUCUGUGUGGCUUUGUGCGUGGCCGCGGCCGUGGCCAUCCCCGUCCCGGACCAGAACGCCGAAACGCUCAAGUACGACAACAACAUCAACGGUGUCGACGGGUACAGCUAUCAGUACGAGACGAGCAACGGCAUCUCGGCGCAGGAAGCGGGCGAGCUGAAGGCGGUCGGUGAGGCGUCCGCCCUGGCCGUGCGUGGAUCCUACACGUACACGGCCGCCGACGGACAGGUGUACACGGUGACGUACAUUGCGGACGAGAACGGAUUCCAGCCGGAAGGCGAACAUCUGCCGAAGGAGUAGAGCGUAACGAAUGGCGUACUCGAGAUGUAAAUAAAUGGUUGGAAAUUGUACCAAAACA